AUGAAAUUUAACAAGAGGAAGAAAUCCUUCAAGAUAAAGAAGAAAAGCUAUGGAGGUAGGAAGGAAGAGGGGUACAACUCCGAGAUAGAGUCUGACGACAUACUGUCCUCGGAGGCAUCGGAAAGUGGGAAUCAGAGAAUAAAGGUGGGGAAGAAAAAAAAACGUCACUUCGCAUCAGUCGAGGGGGAGAUUACGGACGAAGACGCAACAGAUGGAAAUGCAAGUGAUCUUAAUGAAGACGGCACCACCAGUGGUGAAGAAAAUGGAAACACCUUUAAUAACCCGGAAGAGAGGAAAAUACACCUAGCGAAAAAGUACCUCAGAGAUAUGGGCAUACAGAGCAGCGAUGAUGAGAAUUCCCAAAGUGAUUCCCCUGAAAACAGUGAUGAUGAAGACAAGUCUGAUUCCACUUUUAGCGACAAUCGUCCUUCCCACGGAAAUGAUGAACAGAGAGAACAAGUAAGUAAACUGAUGAUGCAAAGGGAGAGACAAAAAAGUAGGAAAGCGCUCUUAAAUUUGGGGAAUAAAAUAAAAAUUGUGUAUGACGAUAAAUUGGCUUCUUCGAAGGGGAUUUCCAAGAAGGGGUCAAUUUGCAUGAACAGUUCAGGUGAAAAUGGUCAAAGUGGCCAUACAGGUAAAACUGACCUACCAGGAGAACAUGCCUUUUUCUUCCGUGGACACAAGAAGAGCGUCACUUGCGUUGCUUCCCCAGAUUUUAACCUUUCCUUCUUUGACUACUACGAGUACGAUAUGGCAACUUCCCAGUGUGAUGAGCGCGAUGCCUAUGCAGGGUACAACAGUGGGAAAUUUUACAGAGAUGACAAUCCCAGGAACAGUCCGCAAGUAGACGAACAUUCUGGAGACAAUGUAGAACAUGUCAUGCAGCCAAAGGUGUUUCCUAAUGUUUCUCUCAGCACCGCCUACACAGGGGGCAAGGAUGCCUGCAUCAUUGAGUGGGACUUAGCUAGAGGAGAGAAAGUUCACAUUUAUAAAGGAAACCCCAGCGCCUUCCAAGAUUUUGGAAAGAGCAAUGGAAUAAGUCAUUUCAAGAGCGUUAUGGAUUUGUAUUGUCACAAAUUUAAUUCCUUCUUUAUAUCCGUUGGGGCAGACAAUUUAAUAAACACAUGGGAUAAUAGAGUGAAAAGAACGUGCACGCAUUCUGUAGUUGGACACAAAAAUAUUAUUAGCGGAAUUGUGGGGAGCAAUGAAAACACGGAGGAAUUAAACAUGGAACACAACUUCUUCACAUCCUCGUAUGAUAAAUCAAUUAAAUUAUGGGACAUGCGAUUUUUGGACAAAUGUAUUAAUACUUAUAUGGGACAUACCAACAACAUUUUAAGCAUGACUUCCUUAACUCAGAAUAAAUUAAUUACCAGUUCUAGUGAUUAUACACUCCGUUUUUGGAACACGAAAAAUGACAACCAUAUUUUGUUUAACUUAAAUUACGAAAUUGUGGAGUCCUGCUGUUCCCUUAACAACAGGGUCUUCGUCGCGGGGACUUUCUCUGGCCACAUUUACAUUUUUUCAUCUUCUUAUAAAAAGCCCAUUUGCAUCUGCAAAAAUGCACACAGUUCAUACGCAGUGACUGCGCUUGUUAGCAUCCCGUUCACGGAUAUUUUUAUUUCCGGGUCGUACGAUGGUUACGUAAAUUUUUGGCAGUACAAAAGCGUUAACAAAACGUCGGCAACCAUGCGCAAGGUCCUGGCCGUUCCGGUGAAUGGCAUGGUGAGCCAGUUUUCCUUCUCGCCCAACUACGCGUAUCUGUUUGCUGCUGUCGGGGACGAGAUGAAGCAUGGCAAGUGGACACGCACGUGUAGCAAGAACGGGUUGGCCGUCAUUCCGCUGCGCUUUCUGCGAUGA